AUGAGGACGGAGAAGGGCCUUGAGGGGGAGCCGUGCGAGGAGGGGCUGAGGGCAUUUGCCGCGCCCGGGGAGCACCUGCGGCUCUCGAGAGCCGAGGCGGACAGCAGGAGAACACGCUCUUCCGGUGCCCGCCCGCGGGCGGGCGGUGCUGCGGGCCGGGCCCUGCCGCCGCUGGCCGCCCUGUCGCAGGUGCUGCGGCUGGAGCGGAGCCGCCGCACCGCCAUCGUGUUCCCGCUGCAGAAGCUGGAGAGGUACCUGGCUCCCGGCACCGACACGGCGCGGUUCCGCCUCUUCCAACCCGGGCUGGCUGCCCUGCAGCGCGCCGAGGCGCUCUUCAGGUCCGACCGCGGGCACCCCAUCGACUACGUGAGCUCCGCCGUGCGCAUGGAGCACGCCCCGCCGCUGGCCCUGCCCGAGGUGUGCUUCAUCGGCCGAAGCAAUGUGGGGAAAUCAUCUUUAAUCCGGGCCUUGUUUUCAUUGGCUCCAGAAGUGGAAGUUAGGGUGUCAAAAACUCCGGGCCACACAAAGAAGAUUAAUUUCUUCAAAGUAGGGAAGUACUUUACUCUGGUGGAUAUGCCAGGAUACGGCUAUCGUGCCCCGCGGGACUUUGUUGAGAUGGUGGAGGCCUAUCUGCAGGAACGGCGCAACUUGAAGAGGACUUUCCUAUUAGUUGAUGGUGUAGUUGGACUCCAGAAAACAGAUCACAUUGCAAUAGAGAUGCUGGAAGAAUUUGGGAUUCCUUAUGUGAUGGUGUUAACGAAAACUGACAGAGCUUCUAGGGGAGUAUUGUUAAAGAAUGUACUGGAGAUCCAGGAGUUUGUAAAGGAGAGCACUCAGGGAUGCUUUCCUCAGCUGUUCUUGGUCAGUUCUGUGGAGUUCUCAGGAGUUCACUUGCUCAGGUGUUUUGUAGCCCAUGUUACUGGAAACCUGCCCACUGUUGAGGUCAGCUGAAAAGACCUGCUGAUCUGCUUGGCUCAUGAAGAACAAAAGUAGGUGCAGCAGGGUGGCAUGCCUUGCUUGCAGACUUGAGUUGUCCCUGUUUGCCAAGGAUGAAGGAAAGAACACAUCUUUAAAGGGAUCUGCUUUUCUAAGAGCACUGGCUUGAAACAGUGGAGUAAAAGACUGACAUCUAGAGGAGCCCUGUCCUGCACACUGUCACAAGUCAGUGGUGCAGCUAUGUUCUGAGAUCCAGCUUGAAUUUCUGCAGCUCCAGUUGGAUGCAUUGCCAGAUCUGAGGCACACCAUCCAUGAUCUGUAUCGGCUCUACCCUGGCAGCUGAAGCACAACACUGAUGUGUCCUGGACGCCUUAGGGGAACUGCAUCCCACAGCAGCUGUGUUUGUCUAAGAGCACCCGAAACUGUCCAGUUACAAGGCACAACUGGACAAAAGGACAGCCAUCAAUAGCAGCACUCAUACAGGAGAACUUAGUCUGAAGCUAUGAAGUGCCUGUGUCAAACCCUGACACUCAGUCUUGGUCAUGUCUUGGCCAAAUGUGAUUAUGCAGUUGUCAAAGUUGCUUGCAUUAAAUGUUUAAACCUCAAGAAAGGAAAGUUCUUUCCUAAACCACUCUGACAGUGCAAAAGGACUAGAAAUACCACUUUCUUGCACUAUGCAAAUUUUUGUAACACACUAGAUAUGAGACAAGAUCUGUUUUCAGCAUACAUGUAAGAAAAGGAGUGGCUCUCUAGCUUCUGCUAGAAGCUUACAGCUUCUGCUGUAAUUCUGUUAAUAUUUUAUCUCUAAUCCCCACAUGCUGCAGGGCAGAACAGCCCAAGGGAUGCACGAUCCUAGAAAUGCAAUAGUAGCUGUACAAAAGGAACAGGUGAAAGUGAACACUUCAGGAAGGGUCUUUUUGUAGUAUCUUAAAACCAGGAUCUUCCAAAAGCAUCAGUCUUAUCAAGGCUGUAAUUUUUAGGGCCUCAGCCUUGACUAAAGAGUCUGAAAAUAACCCUGAAUAUGUUAAAAAGUGCAGUUCUGGUUUUAGUCCCUCUUCAGAACAAAAACCCCUUACAUUACAUUACAACCCCUUAUGGUGCUAGGAAGUCUUUUAUUAACCACUUAAAUACAUUAAAUAUGUCUAGUUAAUUCAUUUGUAUAAACAAACUGGAUGUGUGUGCAUGGAACAUUAGGCACCAUCUUCUUCUGAAGCAGCUUUACCUCUGGACACAUCUUGGUUUUAUUCAGAAGUGCUUCAAAUACUGGAAGAACUGCAUUUUGCUCAGCCAUUUGCAAGAGAGAACACUACAGGUUUGAUUCUUGAGUGUGACAGUGCCCCUGUGAUAAAACAGUAAAUAAAAUCAAGUCUCUCCCUAAACAGUAAAACUUAACACUUACAGGCUUUGGGUAAGCAGGUGUCUCGACACACUACUGGACUUUUUUUUUGCCAGGUUCUUAAGGAACUGAGUUGCAGAGUGAGGAGCUGCACUUUCUUAGUCCAGGGACAUGAAAGAUCUCCCUUUCUUUCACCCUCAUUGAUGAGUGGUGGGUGGACCUGGCGGCAUACUGAUACAGUAGAGCUAAUUUCAGUUUUAAAUUCAAAUGUCUUUAGUUGUUUGCAGUGCAUAAGCUUCACUAAAGGCUCCUGUCAUUACCUGGUAAAGCUUUCCCUCUUCUACAGCUGCUAUUUAUGGAAGUGAUGCUGAGUAUUAGCUUUCACGGAAAAGGAUUUCACCUUGUGCAUCUUUCCUGGUCUUCCAGCAGUACUUUAUCCAUUUUCUUGCUCUACUGUGUCUUGUGUCUGGUCUGGCCUGUCACCAUAACCCUGACGCUACAAAGGCAGUAUUUUUGCAACAGUGUCCAAAAUUAGAACAUUGCUGUCUGGACGGGUGCACUAGUAGAUCAGUAAAAACUGGUUGAAUAAUUGAGCUCAGCGCAUAGAAGCGAGUGGGUCAUACUCCAGUUGCAUGGCAGCUACAAGUAGAACACAGCAAGGACCCAUUCUGGAAUAUCCAGUUUAACAUCUUUAUGAGUUAUCUGGAGGAGGAGGUGCAUUGCUAUCAAACGUGCCUAGGGCUCCAAACUGGGGGGGAACAGUGUAUAUGUCUCCAGGGCAGGGCUGGAGGAAAGGGCAUGACAGCAACUGUAUCAAAUACAACAGGACUGGAGCACCGCCCCUACGAAGGCAAGCUGAGAGAACUGGGGCUGUCCAGAAGGGUGGAAACCUCAUAGCAACCUUCCAAUAUGGGAAGGGGGCCGAAAGAGAAGCCAGAGAGGCCUCAUCAGGAGCUGUAGUGAUAGGACAAGGGUGACUGGGUACAAACUGA